AUGUCGCUGACAUCUUCAGAAACAAUGUCUUACCAGACGUCCAAAGUGGCGGCGCUCUUCUUGGUCAAGUUCGACAGCAAAUCUGGCUACAAAAUGGUGUGGUCCAAGACAUCCUUUAACAUCUCACUUGACGGUCUCGAAUACAAGGCUCUACCGUCUGGAGUCCAUGAAUUCGAGACGGCUACCGUCUACUUAACACAUGAAUGGAAUGGCAAACUCUACUAUGGGCUGGCAUGUUUCCGACAGCUUGAUUUGAAUGAAAAUGAGGAAACUAACCGUGAUUUGGUUAGAAUGUAUUCGAUUGGUAUCCUUCUGGAGCCUAUUAAAGGCAAAUUCUGGAAGCCCAACGAGUUUGGUACUGUGGGUUGGGAGCAUUUUGAUGCUGUCCAGGAAACUCUCCUGGAAUUUUUGAAAGAUGAGGAUUUGUUGAGGCUCGACACGCUCUACCAGAAUCUUACCGGCAAUGGCUUGCUAGACCUUCCCAAACCCAACUCGCCACAUGCCCUCAACACCAUACUCAGACAUCCACUCGGGAAGCUCUCGGCGGCUCUCUCUGCCAUGGGACCAUUGACGUUCCCCAUUUAUAAGGCAGCUCUCGUUAGAAAACGCCUAUUGAUCUUCAACCACUCCUCACAAGGUUCAGGAAUGAUUCAGGAGCCUUGCGACCGUGAUCCCGAGCUCUGUGGAGCCAUGGCUUACAUAAUUUCGCUCUUGAGUGUGAUUCCAAAGGAUGUUAAUGUGGAACCUUUGGACCAGCACGAGUUGUACUCACAGCCGUUGUACAAUGUGGGGCUUCAGGACAUGAACACAAAGUAUUUGGAGCACUACCCGGGGUUCAUUGCCAGCACAUCCGACGAAAUCUUGAAGUAUCAAAAAAACCUCUACGACUAUGCCAUUGUCAUGCCUUCCACCGAUGCUGAAACAUGUAAACUAGUGGCCAGCGAUAAGUUGGAUCUGCCUAUUCGUGCAACGUUCAAUGACUACACAAAGUUUCUUAAGGUGUACAAGCAGCUUCCCAACGAGGGCGAAAACGCGACCGGUGAUGAUACGUCGUCGAUUCGUACGUCCAACUCUCGAUUCUCAACCCUUCGAUUCGACAUCUAUGGAGAAAGCAGCAACAUCAAGUUGGACCACGAGCCUUCGUGGUGGUUGGAUGAGGCCACGUCCCCGAUGUCAUGGAGAGAAUACAUCUGGCUGGCGUUUGCAUGGUUUGCUAGUGCAGGCACUACCAACCGGGCCACUACUGAGAACGCGUUCUCUGAGAAUGUCGAAGCUGAAGAGACGAGAGAAUCCAUGCAGAAGCAGCUUGAACAACUCACGAUGAUUGUCAGCCACUUCCACAAGCUUACGAAGAAAUGGUUCUACUUGAUUGACGAGAUAGUAUGCGAGACCGUAGAGGACCGGGCCAACGAUCUGGUGUCGAGGGUAACAUUGGAGCUUACGCACCAGGAUAUUGUGGAUAUGGAGUUGGAUCCUUACUCAUCGGAGGACAUUGAGUUUGUUCGUGAGUUUGUUAUUUUGUACUGGGACACUGUUGUUGAGAAUGUGGAGAUUGGGCUUGGAUUCCAGGGCUUAUGCUGUUAA